AUGCCUGGUACCUGCCAGCAUGUCCUGGUACCUGCCAGCGUACUUGCCGCUGCAGCGUGCUGGUGCCUGUCAGCAUGCCUGGUACCUGCCCGGCAUGCCUGGUGCCUGCCAACAUGCCUGGUGCCGCUCAGCAUGCCCUGGUGCCGCCUAGUAUGCCUGGUGCCUGCCAGCAUGCCGGUGCCUGCCAGCGUGCCUGGUGCCUGCCAGCAUGCCUGGUACGCCAUCGGCAUGCCUGUGCCGCGCGCCAGCAUGCCUGGUGCCCGCCAGCGUCCGCAUAGCUUGCCUGCCAGCAUGCCUGUUGCCUGCCAGCAUGCCUGGUGCCUGUCGGCAUGCCUGGUGCCGCCGCCAUGCGCCUGGUGCCGCCAACGUGCUGGUGCCUGCCAGCAUGCCUGGUAUUCCAGCAUGCCUGGUGCCUGUCAGCAUGCCUGGUGCCUUGCCAGCAUGCCCUGGUGCGCAUCGUGUCCCUGGUCUAACGCCAAUCCGGCAGCGCCUGGUGCCUGCAAUCGCAUGCCUGUUGCCAGCCGCCACUUACAUCGUCAGUAUGCCUGGUGCCGCCAGCUGCUGGUGCCUGCCAGCAUGCAGUGCUGCCAGCAUGCCGGUGCCUGCCAACAUGCUUGGUACCUGCCAGCAUGCAUUGCCUGUCAACAUGCCGGUACCUGCCACGGCAUGCCUGGUACCUGCCAGCAUGCCUGGUACCUGCGCUUGCUGGUACCUGUCCAGCAUGCCCUUCAUUGCUGCCAACAUGCCUGGUACCUGCAAUCCAGCGCCGAUGCCUGCCAGCAUGCCUGGUGCCUGCCAGCAUGCCUGGUACCUGCCAACAGCCUGGUGCCUGUCAGCAUGCCUGAGUACCUGCCAGCAUGCCUGGUGCCUGCAACGCAUGCCACGCCUUCCAGCAUGCCUGGUACCUGCCAGCAUGCCUGGUGCCCAGCAUGCCCUGGUGCCAUCAGCGGCUACCGUGCCUGCCAACAUGCCUAG